AUGUGCAGACCUACUCCAGCAGCUUACCAUCACAUCAAGGACCUCGAUUGCAUCCAGCAUGCAUUUGCUUUACCGGGUCCCACUGGACGUGACACAGAGCGACUUCACAGCUUAUUAUCACAGUCUCUGGUGGGUCAAAAGAGCCCGUCCAUAUUACUCGCCUUUUGGCGAUUCGAUCGAAGUAAAAAUAACCAUGGACGGACCAAGGACGCUCACCAACUAAUGAACUGCCAACUGAGCUUGAGACGCCACCACAAACUUCCAGGGACGGACUUGAGAGCACAAAAAUGUGUCGAGACCGGAAUCAAAAGAGCCUCGUGCGUGAUUUGUCUCGUGUUCUCGGCACCCAAGCACGGACAUCCGGGCCCCUGGGCAUUUGCUUGA